AGUACACGCGGUCAUACACGAUGGUUUUUUUUGGUGCAACUCUGCUCCGGCACUUUAGGCACAAGUCGGCGACGGCACUUCACGUUGCGGAAUCCGCCAUUUUAACUCAAAAUUCUGUAACCCUAGCUCGCUUGGCAAGUGGUCUGAACAGAGGUCAGUUGCAAUUUGGAAUUCAAUUUGUUCGCGAUUAUUCGAGAGUGUCGAAGAUGAGUACUUUACCUAGGGUGUUUUUCGAUAUGACGGCCGAUGGCGAGCCCCUGGGUCGGAUUAUCAUGGAGCUGCGCUCCGACGUCGUACCAAAAACUGCCGAAAACUUCCGCGCGUUGUGCACUGGCGAGAAGGGAUUUGGCUAUAAAGGUUCCAUUUUCCAUCGCGUCAUCCCGAACUUCAUGUGCCAGGGCGGUGACUUCACCAAUCAUAACGGCACUGGAGGCAAGUCCAUCUACGGCAACAAGUUCCCCGAUGAGAACUUCCAGCUGAAGCAUACUGGUUCUGGUAUCCUGUCUAUGGCUAAUGCCGGCGCCAACACCAACGGAUCCCAAUUUUUCAUUUGUACUGUGAAGACCGCUUGGUUGGACAACAAACACGUAGUUUUCGGAGAGGUCGUCGAAGGUUUGGACAUUGUCAAAAAAAUUGAGUCGUACGGAUCCCAGUCUGGAAAGACCUCUAAGAAGAUUAUGGUGGCUAACAGUGGUUCUCUAUAAGAUGAUUAUCCAUUCAAACCAUCUCACAAGAUAAAAACCUGUUAAGACAAAAACCCUUUGCAUUUUCUCAAAUAAUUUUUUUUUGAACAAAUCACUGUAAUAUUAUGAAAUACAAUAUAAAAAUAUUUUCAA